AGUAAUAAAAAUGUUGAUAUUUUUUUGAAAAAAAGGUGUCAAUUUCAAUGGUGUACCACGUUUUCCCCGUGGUUGUCUUGCUUUAUCUGAAACACAGAUCUCAUUUUGGGACCAUGCUGCUUACGUAACACACGUGUGGGUGGCUUCAUAAGACUUCAUACAGCAAACACCCGCACACCACCCACCACGUGCUUCGUGGGGUUCACCGUUGCCUUAGUUGACAGUUUGUUUGUUUGUACAGUUGUACAGUUGUACAGUUGUACAGUUGUACAGUGUUUGUACAGAUGUCAUUUAGGAGGAUGUUUCGGAGGAUGCUAAGGAGGAUGUUGGGAUCGUAUGUUAUUAGGUAUAGCAUGCUAUUUCUAGGUCUAGUCAGUGUACAGUCGGUAUACCCGGGAUGCCUCAGAUGAAGACUUUUGGGGGGAUAUUCGCUGCAUGGGUCGCACACCCGUACCGCCCAUUGCUGCUUUUGUAUUCAGCCGCGCCUUCGUUAUCAGAUGCCAGGGUCGACUUUGUUGAUGGAGUAUCCCAGGUUGGCUUCAGCCCUGUAAAGGCCACUGGCUGAAUUUGAUGAGCCGCCGUGCUUUACUAUUUCUUGUAAUUGCUCUUCCCUGUCCAGCGCACAGAGGCAUUCCUACUCGAAUGAGCUCAAAUAAUCGACUAAUCAAAUGAACAUCCAGAUACUCGUGUAUACCCAUCUAUCAUCUACAAUUUACUAUCUACCAUCUACCAUCUGCCAUCUAUCAUCUACAAUUCAUUAUAUAUCAUCUACAAUUCAUUAUAUAUCAUCUACAAUUCAC